GGCUAUUCUGGGCAAAACACGCACCAGGACGGACGACCACCGUGAAUGGUCUCGGACGCGACUACGACGCUCCCGAGUUUGCCGUCGUCUCCGCCAGCUGCCCAGUCAUCUCGACGAAGUAGGACCGACAUGACACACAGUAGUAGUAGCAGUAGCCGAAGCAGUAGUACCGCGUACGACAUGACGAGUCUUCCGACACCGCGCAGCUCGGGUGCGUAUUACGACGCCCAAGACUCGCUGGACGACGUCGACGGGCUGCCGCACGAUUCGGCGUCGAUGGCCCACCACGGUGAGUUUUACACUGAAGUCGAAUCGUUCUUGAAUCGACCCAGUCCCAGCUUGGGCACGAUCGCCAAAGGCGCCAAGUCCACAGAGAACCUACUGCCCGCCUUGAAAGCCGAGCGGUCGAAACUGCGCGGCGGCGGCGGGUCGGACCAGCCACGACCGGAUGUACCCGGCAGUGGGUAUGGCCGUGUAGAGAAAGGCAAUAAGAAGAAGGCGGCGCCGUUGGACCUGACGCUGGUGCAGCAGGCGUUUGCAUACGCUAACGAACUACGGGCUCAGGAACUCCAAGCGAACGAUGCAGCAGAUGACUCGAAUGAUGCGAUCGCGCAGCAUUUGGCCAAGCAUGGAAAGCAACACCAGGACCGGCCGAGCCGGAGCAGUAGCAGUAGUACCAGUGGCACUUUACAGAAACAACACAAACCAGCAACCAAGCCCAGUAAGCCCAAGGCAGCCAAGAAGACGUCGGCCAUCUAUGGCGUGCCCGCCAAGCAACAGGUGAAGGCAAAAGCUGGGCCGGAUUGGGACAGCUGCAGCAAGGAAGUGACCACAAGUGGCCAAAACAACUCGAGCAUGGACCCCCAGCUGAUGCAACAAUUGGUCAGCAACUUCCAGAACGGCACCAUGUUGCACGAACUACGCCAAGAACUGGCCGCGUCCCAAGCCAGCAUGAAGGAGUCGCGGCAGGUACUGCAAGGCGCGGCCAAAACGUUCUUUCUCAAAGGAGGCGGGUGAUGCUAGUGCUCAUAAUAUACACACGCUCGAGUACGCUGCA